CAGUAGGGAGGGCUGAAAAGUCUGUCACUCUGUGAGGAGCUGUCUGUCGCAUCGGGACAAUGGACAGAAAGGUCAAGCCUCGGGAUGAUACGAGCUCUGCAGCGGUCCGGUACAAUGGUCUGCGAAACCCAUCCAGAACAUAUUGUUAUUUGAACUGUAUUCUGCAGCCUCUGUUCAUGACCAGAGAAUUCAGAGAUGCGGUGAAAAGCACUGCAGCUGAACGCCCAGAAUACAUUGACAAAGAACUGGCGUCGCUCUUUGAAAAGCUGGAGGAGGAUACGAGCUCGCCAUCAGACAUCAUCACCAAACUGGGCGUUGAUUCUGUCACCCAACAACAGGAUGCUGCUGAGUACUUGGAGCAGAUUUUAAGUCUCACCAGUCCCACAGCCUCUCAGGUAAAAAUACUUGCCCUCGCCUUUUGUGUCUGCUCAAAUAAUAAUUGCUUUUCAAAAUUGAAACAGAUUUUCCGUGGUCAGUUGAGCAGAACAAUUACAUGCUCCACGUGCCAAACAGAAACAGGGAACGAUGGGCCAUUUUGGCUGCUCCACAUUGAGAUGCGGAAUUCCAAAAGCUUGAAAAAAGCUUUUGAAUGUCUGUUCAGGCGCCUUAAACUAAAAAAAGAAAACCAGGUCUACUGUCAGAAGUGUGGCGUCAAGAGGGAUGCUACAAUCCGAGCCCAUGUCAGCAGUUAUCCAAACGUGUUGAUGCUGCUGUUGAAGAGGUUGGAGACCGAACACUUGAUGAAGUCCAAGUGUGGCUGCUUCAGUGUGUACAAGACUCAAAACUGCAGGAACAAUGACCCCCAUGUGAAGGCUCCCCUGAAAUUAAAAAGAGAGGGUCAUCAUUAUGAGCUGUAUGGAUUUGUGCAGCAUUUCGGGAACCUGGCUGGUGGGCACUACACUGCCACCAUCAAAGCUCAUGACCGAUGGUUCACGUUCAAUGAUGAAAAUGUUUAUCGUGACGUGCUGGACUGCCAAAGAGACUAUGUCACACUACGAAAUGCUUAUCUGCUGUUUUACCAAAAAAAGCAAUACAAUCGAAAGCAAGACAGUCAUUGGUGUUUGGGUAUUUCGAACGAGUGUGGCUGUUUUGUCACACGCUUGAAACUCAAUACAGACACCGAAGAGGAAGGAAGAGGACAAGAGGAUUGCUGAGAUCCAUCAGGAUUUCCCAUGACUCUACAGAAGCUACUAUCACUAGUCCCCAGAGGACAAAGAACGCAGAAACCAGCAAAACCCAACCUGAAGAUUGGAGGCUGUCGGGCAACACAGAGGAUCCACCGAAUCCAACGAGUAACAGUCAGAAGUAAAACAAAACCAGUGUCAGGAUGGAAACAAUCUGGGCACAGAAUGGCUUCUCAUAGUGAAAAUAGUUGUGACGUUGGCAGAUAGGAGGAUUACAUUUCUUAUGUGUCGACAAAUUCACAGAGAACAGAAAUUUGUUUAGACGACACAUCAAAGACAGAAAGGAACAGAGCGUGGAUAGGUCUGGUGGAGUCGAGGAACAGCAGUGAAAGAAAUGGACAGACUGACCCACAAAAUCAAAGUUGCUUUUUCAGCAGUUAUUGUCUUGACUUGUGAAAAAAGAAAAUGCCAAUAUUACUUUAAUCACUCUUUGGCUUUUAGUUUACAUACGACACGACGAAGAGCAGCAAAACACUACAUCGUUAUACUGUAAAACCGGUUGUUGGCUAACGCAUCCUCAAUGCCGUUUUAAUUUCUGAAUGCACUUUUAGAUGUUCAUGUUGUAGGACUUAAAGGGUCUUAAUGUUAGUGAUUUCCAGGUAAGAUGUGUCACGGUUAUAUUAGAUUGCUAUUCUUGUGGUGUAUAUUGUGACACUGAUUUUGACUCCACAGUGGAUAAGAUAUUUUCAAUUUUUUCCCUUGUCUGUGUCUUUCCUAAUUAUGAGUUCAUAUGAAAAAGGUGUCAAUGAAUUUUAAGAUAUUUCUGACUUACUAUAUAAUUUUCACCCCAAUGGCCCCUGCUUUUAUGUCUUAACAUGGCAGCAUAUCAAAUCUUACGAUGAAGAAUAAGAAAGUGCUUCACAUUCAUCUAUACCUGAGAGCAACCCGGUUUUCUCAAGAAAACAUGUUAAUUCAAAGUGAUGAUGAUUUUCUUCUUGUGAAGUGAAACAUGCUGACUUAAUUCUGCAUGUAUCUCACUUAAAUGAACGAUCAUAAACAUUUUCAAACCUAUGUAAGUUGUUGUUGUGCUCCAAAUGAGUAGGUGAAUUCUACUGGUUUGUA